AAUAAAUUGUUUUUCAAAGUAGUAAAUGAAUCUUUGUUUCAUAAUUUAAUGCAUUACAAAAAUACCAUUCAUUUUAAAAUCUAUUAAUGUUAACAUUACUAAAAUAACCGUGAAUGCCUAUUCGUAAGAUGUAAUUGACGAUGGAGAACAAUCUGACGAUGUAAUCGUUCUUUUCCUUAAAACAUUGAACCGGAAUCAUUACAACAGAAGGGUGGAUAAGAGUACCGCCACAUAUGCAACUACCCUUUCUUGUAACAAUUAAAACAAGAUAUUCCCACAUGUUGUCUUGUUGCACAACUUCAGAUUUUAUAUCUUUAACAAAUGUCAAAAGUAUGAAGAAUGUUGUACUCCUCAAAUCGAUUACAAAGUUCAGAAUGUCACUGGGUUUAUCUUUGGGAAAACCAAACUACAACAGAAUUUUAUUUCAUAAAUUUUAUUCUAAAAAUUUACUUUUGAACAAUUUUUUUUAUUUUCAAUAACAGUGUAUGCAUAUCUGAAUGAAAUGCAAUAAAUUCAAGUAAUGAUACCUACCAAAUAACGAUUUUGCAGAUAUAAUUCACAUUCAGAUUAUGACUGUCCAAAUAUGAAAAUAAGAUUAUUACAAGCAAAAAUGAAAAAUCCAUCAUAUAAUUAGAUUAAGUAUUUUACAAUCGUACAAACGUUGAUAUGCUGUUCAAAACAACUGUAACUAAAUCAUGUCAAACAAUAACAAAUAUAUCAGCAGUUCAAUAAUUACCAGUACAUAUCAAUGUUUCCUACUCAUUUAAAACAUCAACUGAUAGUUUAAUAUAAAGAAUUAUAAUCCAAUAAAAAGAUGCGAUCUUUUAACAUUUUGUGUUGUAUCUCUUUUGCGUUUUUAACAUCUCAUGUGGAUGGGCAAGCUGACGAUUGCGAAUGCGUUCCUUUUUAUUUAUGCAAAAAUGGCACAAUUAACACUGAUGGAGAGAAUAUUAUUGACAUCAGAAUCAAUACAAAUGACUGUCCCAAUUAUUUAGAAUUUUGCUGCUCCACAAAAGAAAUUACUGAAAAACCUAAACCUAAAUCUCCUCUGAUAACAAAAUCAGGUUGUGGUUAUCGCAACCGUAACGGCGUUCAAUAUCAAAUAACGGGAGACACAAAUAAUGAAGCCCAAUUUGGAGAAUUUCCUUGGACACUUGCAAUUUUGGGUAAAGAUGAUGACACCUUUUCCCUCAAUUGUGGAGGAUCGUUGAUUCACCCACAAGUUGUUCUUACUGCGGCCCAUUGCGUCCAUUCAAUAGAAAAAAUUGUUGUGCGAGCGGGAGAAUGGGAUAGUAAAACAAUUCAAGAGCCUUUGAAACACCAAGAUGUAAAAGUUUCUUCAGCGGCAGUCCACCCUCAGUUCAAUAACAAAAAUCUCAAAAAUGACAUCGCAUUGUUGUUUCUGGAAUCGCCUGUGAGUUUAGAAGAAAACCAUAUCAGCCUUGCUUGUUUGCCAAAGCAAAAUAAAGCCCCUUCUUCGAGUCGAUGUUACGUGAACGGUUGGGGAAAAAACCACUUUGGAAAAGAUGGAGUUAUUCAAAACAUUCUUAAAAAAAUCGAACUUCCGAUUGUUGCACAUGAGCAGUGUGAAAAUGAUUUCAGAAAAACAAGAUUGGGGAAGCAUUUUAUACUUAAUGAGAGUUUCAUGUGUGCUGGUGGUGAGGAGGGCAAAGAUGCGUGUACUGGUGAUGGUGGUGGACCUUUAGUCUGUCCAAUAGAAGGAGAAAAAGAUAGAUAUGAGCAAGUUGGAAUUGUCUCAUGGGGUAUUGGGUGUGGCGAAGAAGGAGUACCAGGGGCUUACACCGAUGUUGCCCGAUUCAGAAAUUGGAUUAGAAAACAAAUGCUAAAAAAGAAUUUCACAAAUGCUAAUAAUAAAUAAAUUCUGAUUUGUU